AAGCGCCACAUGACCUGCCGAGUAGGAAGUGUCGAGCCAGCGGACAUCAACAGCAGCAGAAACAGCAGCAGUCCUCAGAAAAGACGAGACGGGAGCCGCGAAAUUCCGAUUUCACAUUCUCGACGUUUCCGCGAAGAUAACCUGCCUCUGUGUGAACCAGACCGAGCUGUAAAUCGGCCGCAGUCAUGUACGUAAAGGUGGUGUUUUUCGCCGCAGCUCUGGCGCUGAUUGACGCUGCAGCCGCCGGAGAUGGCUGUACCUCUCUGACAUGUGAAAAUUGUGUCAAAAACUCUGAAUGCAAGUGGACUAACUGCACAAGUGUUUCAGUGGCCGUUUCCUGUUACAACGCUACCCUUGUGGCUAACCUCACCUGCAGCAACGCAACCUGUUCAACUCCUCCUACAACCUUGGCUACACCUACUACCAUACAUACAUCUGUUGCCCCCAUCAUCCCUACGACAGUGAAUUCAACGCCUACAGCCGUAACGCCAACUCAUCGUGGCAACAGCUCCACCACUGCAACUCCAACCUCCACCUUGGCACCGAAUACCACAACGGUGGCCCCUCACAAGAACUCGACGUUUGAUGCCGCGAGCUUCAUCGGCGGAAUAGUGCUCGUCCUGGGCCUUCAGGCCGUUAUCUUCUUCCUCUACAAGUUCUGCAAAUCCAAAGACCGUAACUACCACACUCUCUGAAGUGGCCGCACUUUAGGAUCCAAGCCGUCCUCACCGAUUUCGACCCCUCAGCACACACUCAUAGGGGUGGACUCAAACAGCGUUUCCAUACAGUUUUUUUUUUUUUCUGCUUUUUUGUUUUAAUGUUUAGACCUGCAUGACUGAAUGAUUCAUUUGAUUUCAAAGUGAAUCUACUCCAACGUGCAUUUAGGUCUCAAGCAUGUAGAUUACAUAAGCAAGCAGCUACCCCCACCUCCAUCGUGUCAUUAGUCAUCCUGCAUAGAGCAUUUUCCAGCGAAUUGAGUGGGCUUGAGUUAUUUACAGCCCCUCUUCUUAUGCCUUCCCCAAUUAAAUGCACCACACAAAGGAAAAACAAUUAGCCAUGUAUACAGAGUAGCUUUUUCCUGCUGAGGCUUGAAUAUCUAUAUUAUUUUUUACCUGAUUUGGAAACACUGUUUGAGCUCAUGUUAAAUGUGGCAACAGAUGAUUAAGGAUUGCUUUUAGCUUGUGAAAUUUUUAUUUUCUUUUUCCACACAUCUGAUCCGUCAGGAAUAAAAGCGACAAUUAAUCAUCUGACGUCAAACAGGAGGAAAAUAAGUCUUAUUUGAGUGUCGAGUGUUUCUGCUGUUCGGUUCCCACCGCCCUCCUUGGAAACCUUUCUCCCAAUACAAGAUGUUUAAAAAUAUCAAACGCCAACUGCCAGUAGAGCAGCCCACCGCAAUAAAUAAUGUUUAGAGCUAAUUUCAGAACCACAAAUCUCCCGUAUCUUUUCACUUUCUGAUUGUUAAAUCUUGCAGGUGAAUCAUGUGGAGCAGGUCCUUGUCGUUUGCUUUGGUAUUAAACCGGGUCAAAGUGAAUCGUUUCAGAAUAUUUUCAAAUUAUUUAGUUUAAUUGUGCAGAAGAGGAUGAAGUGUGGCGUGCACCUUUCUUGAUGUGGACAGUGAAGUGCCUUUGAUGUCCAGUGUGAGUGAAAGCAAGUAAAGGGUUUAUAUUUUUUGUUUUCUUUUUUUAUUUCCAUAUUGUGAGAAGCAACGGUAUAUUGCUUAGAGCUGUAGUGUCCCAGCUGGACUGAAGAGCCUUUUAUUGUUUAAGAAAACAGGAUUUUUUUUGGCCUUGAAGGCCGUCGUUCAGUUCGUAGGUGCAGCAGAAAGACCAAACGCGGCAGGAUGACUGCGCGAUCACACUACUACAGACUUUUGGAGUGAAUAACUUAACAGUUUCCUUCCACUUUGCUACAUCAUGGUUCAAAUCUGAGUGGACUGGGAGGAAAAUAUUUUGAUAUAGGCGACAAGCAUGAUGGUGUACUUUAUACUAAAAGAUUGUGAAAAUAUUGGACUUUAUCUUCCAAGAUAAGUGUCUAGAAGAGUCAAAAAAUGUAGACCUGGUGUUAAUUAAGGAUUUCACUUCUAUUUAAUUGAUUUGUAGUGUAAAGGUCAGAAUAUCAGUCGCCGUGUUGAAGCCUCGUCUUCUUACUAGCUAGCUGCUAACUUCUUUUUUUUCUGGAUUUCUCAGCUUUUGUCUAACCUGUAAAUAGCCACGUCGUUUCUCUCCUGCUGAAAGAGAAGCAAAAUGUUGAUUGGAGCGUUUAGCUUUGUGGUGGCUCUACUAAUUUUGUACAAAUGGCUUUCUUCCCCCCAGUUAGUGCAUGCUGGAUGCUGCUCUCAUUGCAUAUGCAACUAGUACCUUAAGACACCUUCAAAAACCACUUAAUUAUUUGUGAUGAGUCCAUAUGCUAAUGGAAGGAUGCCUUGAAACCAUGUACAUGAAGCCAAAGGCCUCAGUUUUUGGCAUGUUAUGUAACCCUAUUUUUUUUUCUUUUCUUUUUUGGUAAAUGGUUUCAGGUUUAGCUCACAAAUAAAAUCAGAGGCUUGUUUUAAAUAUUCAGAUUAUGACCACAAAGCAAUUAAUGAAUGCAGAUGUUUGUUUAUGCUUGUAUAUUUUGAGGUUGCAUGGUCUCUUUUGCAUUAACGUCACGAGCCGGCAACGUUCCAGCCCUGCUGCGCCGUUUCGGUUCCCCUCUCUGCUGCAUGUCGGGUCCAUUUGCACAAAUGAAGAGAAAUAUUUGAGUGCUGCUGAGCACGUUCCGCUUUCUGCAAACGGCACGUCGAUGUCCCGAUGUGCCGCGUCUCGAGCAAAAGUGCCUUAUUCAGUUAUCAUCCAUUUCCAUCUGUUGUGAAACGAGAUGUCACGGUGACUAAACGUCAGCACGACUCGUCAUUUUAAGGCUCCUGUAAAGUGCUUUCCUUUGUUCUGCGUACGUUUGUUGCUCUCAGCCUUAAUCUUUUCAACCAAGUCCACAGAGCUGUUGCAAGGUGACAAGCUGUUCAGGCAACACGCGUAGGCUACUUUCUGUUUCGGUGUAAGAUUAAAUGCUGCUUUUGUCAAGAUGAAAAACAUCAAGUAAAUCAUAUAUUUCAGCUGAAGCAGUCUGGUUGUAGCCUGAACAGCUUCUUGGCAGCUAUUUGUGAUCAAACACACUGGUGAAGUAACCACAGACAGGCCUAUUUCAACAUGCCCUCCCCCCUUUACGCAAUGACUUGAACUCCACUUCAGUUGUAACCUGCUGAUGUUUUCUGUCGUGAAGGAUUUUAAAGUAUGACAUUAAGAUUCAUCUUAUCACAAUUCAGUUUUCAACAAGGCAGUGUUGGCCUUCUUUGCCUUGUCGCUUUAUUGCUAAUUGCACACACACUGUAGCGCUGUGUCUUUCACUGUCCAUUUGUCUUGUUGGUACGACUUCUGGCUUUUCUCUCUCACCACUAUAACACAGAAACGUAUAUAGCCAUAUGUAGACACUGAACGGUGCCACAAUGCCUCCCCUUGAAUGGUCUUUGCUUCUUUUUGUGCCACUCAACUUGUUUUGUGCCUCUGACGCCUCUCAAUUGUUUUUUUUUUUUUGGCCUUGUUUUCUGGUGUUACCUUUAGUUUUACAAUGUUAAACCAAUAAAGUUUGAAUAUCGUUAA